AAGCAUAAAGGAGUAUGCAAGUCUCCAGAAUGUAUCACUUUGGCUCAUCAAUUGCACAACUGGCGGGAUGUGUCUGUAGAUCCUUGUCAAAACUUUUACAAAGCAGUCUGUGGCAAAUACAACGAGCAUUCUCUAUAUAACGAAGCCAGUCUUUCUCGAAACACAAAAAUUGUUGCCAAUGUUAUCAAAGAAUAUCUUCACAAUGAUUUUUCAUCCAGCUCCAAAUCAGAAAAUGCGAUAAAACUUUUUUUUGACAAGUGUGAAGCGACAAAAAGAAUGAAUACAUUGGUUACUCUGAAUGAGAAGCGAGAGAUUUUGAAGAUGAUCAAACAAUUUGGUUCAUGGCGGUUGCUCAGCAAAAGCUGGAACGAAUCGGAGUUUGAUUCGAAUGAUAUGUUAUCUCAGAUAACAAGAUUUGGUGGUACGCGCUUGGGAUUUUUCAAUUUAAUAUUGACCAAUGAAAUUCUGUUCAUUCAUGAUCCGUCUGGUAUAACACAAAGUAUAGAGGAAGUUGAAGAAGUAAGACUUUUCAAUUUUUUUUUUGAAUUUGGAAAUAUGCAAAUUCAGGUUCUCAUGGAUAUUGUGAAGUUGUCAGGGUCUCAUCCGGAUAGUAAAAUGAUUCAGAAGGAUAUAAAGGAUUUGAUGAAAUUGAAUGAGGAAAAAUCCGUAAAUUUUCAGCUUCAAAAAAUCCUAGAAACCACUCCGAAACGAACACUUGCUAAUUAUUUAAUUGCUAAUUUAAUAAUGCGAAUGUCUAUGGGAAAUCAAAUAUUGGAUUGUGGAAUGAUUGUGAUUCGAAAUCUUCCAUUGGCCUCUUUACGAGUUUUCACCCGAAAUCAUUUUAACAAAUUCAACCUGGAUAUGGCAUCUCAGUUGGUUGAAGAUAUCAAAGAGAGCUUGAAGCAGACAAUUCAAGAAUCCACGUGGCUUCAGGAGGAAACCAAAAAGAGUGCACUUUUGAAACUAAAGCAUAUGAAAAAGACAAUUGGAUAUCCGAAAGAGUUGGAGGUUCCAGGAGCAUUGGAUGUAUUUUUUGAAUCUGUAGAUAUGUCCAACAAGGACACAUAUUUUGCAGCUAUCCUUGAGAUCAACAGAUUCCAAACGGAGCAAACUUUCAAUAACCUUGCUUCCCUUCUCCCUAUGGUCCCCGAUGUGAAAUUAUUGGACUCGAAUGCAUUCUAUCACAUGGAUGAGAAUCAUUUGAAGCUGAACGUUGCGAUUCUGGAUGAUCCAUUUUUUCAUACCUAUCCGACAUACGCCAAAAUAGCAAGUAUCGGAGAAGUGAUUGGACAUGAAAUUGGGCAUGGAUUCGAUACGGAUGGCCGGAAACGAGAUGAGAAAGGAAAGAAAAGAGAUUGGUGGACACCCGAAGACUCCAAGGAAUAUGACAGAAGAGCUCAGUGUCUCAUUGAUCAGUACAACAAUUAUGAUGACCCGGAUUACGUAACAUUUUUAUUUCAGCUAAACGGUUCAAUGACUAUCGAUGAAAUGGCUGCGGACCAAAUCGGUGUUGAGCUAUCCUGGAAGACUUAUAAUCGAGUGGAUUUCUCGUUGGAGCCCAGCAUUUUUGGAUUUGAGGAUGAAAAACCGGACAAACUAUUUUUCCAUUUGACAGCUCUGGUGGUCCGAAAAAAUGGUAUCAAUGCUUCAAUUUUUUUAAAGAACUGGUGCGGUCCAAGACCUAAGACUAUCUUAUCAACAAGAACAAGUACAAAAGCGUUUGCAAAAGCGUUCAACUGUCCGGUUGGAUCGCCGAUGAAUCCGGAGAACAAGUGUGAAUUAUUUUGA